UCCCACGAUUACAUGAUUUUCAGGAUAAAUUUUAAGAAAAGAUUCUCUCUGUGUACGCACAACAUGAAAGUGAGCAUUCAAGUGUCUCGAAUUCACGAUCCUAGAUCGGUGAUUUUAUCCAAAUUUUAUCGUAUUUUAAGUCUUGUCUCUUUUCCUGGUCGUUGUCCAAUUCAAAUUACGAAAACAGGAUAAGAGACGCGAAAUCCAAGGCACAUUUCCUUUUCUUUUUAAGUUUCUAUCUGUUCCGCAAUACUCGACGAUUUCUCGAGCUGCCAUUGAGCUCCUCGGGAGUCCUUUAGUCGCAACUGAGACGUAAUAUGAAGGUCGAGUGAUGCUCAGGGCUGCGUAGGUCGGAGACUAAUUGCCAACUAAUUUGUUCUCAUCCCGAACGGGAGAAAACAUUUCUCCUAGGCCACGGGCAACAUUGUUCGCGUAUUUCUCCAAUAAUUGCUCCGGGAAGACAGCGCGAACCACAAUCGGCUGAAUUAUUCACUCCGGUCGAUCGAUGAUGUCGAGAAUAGAACUUUUCGACUUAUUCCGAGCCCGCGUGCAUUUUAUAAUUCAGGAUCUACAAAAAUACAAAUCUUACACAACGAGAUUAUGCAACGUGGCAUUUUAGCUACCUGUAACUUCGCGAGGGAUCGGGGAUUUAGGGAACGUCGCUCGUUUUUAAGGGACACUGUAUUUAUAACAUAUUUAAAUUCAACCCGGCAAGUUUUGCCGACGCCGUCAGAUAUUUAUACGAUGUGACCAGCGGCUAUGAUAACGGAUUGCAGGGCGGAUUAUUGGAAGUCCCAAGGCCGUAAGUUCUGCGACUUCUGCAAGUGCUGGAUCGCCGAUAAUAAACCGAGUAUCGACUUCCACGAGGGCGGCAAGAAGCACAAAGAAAAUGUCAGCAAGCGGCUCAAGGAGAUCCACAAGAAUAGCACCAAGCAAGCGAAACAGAAUAAAAAAUUCGCGGAUGACCUCAAGAAGAUGGAAAAUGCGGCUAUGGCUGCGUACUUGAAGGAUGUCGAGAAUAACACGCGGGAUAUGACCGCUGAGAAAAUCAUCAAAGAAAAACUCAACAGGAUAGAAACAAAAGAAACUCCUCAAAACUGGAAUCGUAUGCCGUCAGCCGCUCCAGAGACGGUACCAAGAUUCAAAAGCAAUCGCGAACAGUUCUCGCCGAAAGUGGAUCCUUGUGACCCGGCAACUUUGUCAAAGGGCGCGCCGUCGUUUCCGCGAGUCCAGCAGCACGGCGGCGAGAACAGGACUCCGGGGAAGGGUAAGGCGGGCAAGGCGAAGGGAAAAGGGAAAAAGACCCAGGAGGAUGAUCGUGCGACCGCACCCGUCAGAAAACUGUGGUACGAGGCCCGCAGUCCCGAAGGAUACACUUACUACUGGCACAUUGAAACGAACGAGUCGGUAUGGGAGCCUCCGGAGGAGGGCUACAUGACUUUCGCGGAGCAAGAGGAGGAGGCGAAGGAGGAGGUGCUGCAGAGAGAGCUAAUGGAACAACUGGAAAGGGAGGAAACGAUCGAGAAGGCGGAUAUUCUCGAGGAACAACGGGCCAACGUCGAGAGGGAGAAGUUGAAAGAGUUCAGGAAACGACCCGUUGAAAACGACGGCGAGCAAGGUGACAACGAAAGUGCGGAUAUAAAGAAGGAGACGGUCGAAGAGGAACGACCUUACUGGCGGGACUACAGUGUGCCCGAGAGACCGCAACCUUACGGAUCCUGGCAAGUCGUGAAGCCAAUCAAAAAUAAACCAGUGGAUCUCCAGUUGCCAAAGCAGCAGAAGCAGCAGGUACUGCCUACAUUUGAGAAAACAGAACCACCGCCACCACGAAGGACUUUUAAAGAAAAAACUAUUACACAAAUUAGUACCGGUGAUAGUGAUGAUGAAACUGCCCCGACCACCUUCAAAAAGAGAAAGAUCGGUAAUAAGAACAUGCGCAAAAGAACAACUGACGAUUGAUUGUAACACUGAUUUGUGGAAAGUGAUAUAAUAUCUUAUCUUCUGGUGUAUACCUAAGGUAUUUUUUAAACACGCAUAGGCAAUUAAACAUUAUGAAAUUUGUAGAUUAAAUUAAUAGAUAUUGAUUAGUCGUAAGUUUGCAUUUCUAUAAUUUUUGAAUCUUUAUUUAUGUGUAUAUUUUACAGCAGGAGCGUGUAAAUAAGAAAUUCACGGUUUGUAAUCUACAUAAGUGUGUAUGCACAUUCGUACAUAUACACAUUAAUAUAAUUUUAUUUGUAUAAAUAAAAAGUUCUAUUGUA